UUGACGGUGACAGAGGGUACGAACGUUACGCUGUCGUGCAGCGCAUUCGGGAGUCCGCAACCAGUUCUUAAAUGGACGCCAGACCCAGGAGCCAUGGAUCGAACCAGGGUGAAGGUCAACGGCCCUGACCUCGUGAUCACGAACGUGCGGGUCAAGGACGGCGGGGUGUACACGUGCAGCGCGACGAACGUGCUGGGAGGCGCAAGCAAAGUGAUUUCACUGAACAUACUAAAACACAUAGCUAUUCAGAACAAGCUGAACGACACGACGGUCAAGGAAGGCCACUCCGUGCGGUUCGAGUGUAACUUCAAGAGUAACCCCAAACCGACGAUCACGUGGUAUCACUACAACAUCGACGGCAGCAAGGACAAGGUCACGUCCGGUGUCAAGGUCAUUAACAACGGAACCGGAUCUCAGCUGCUGAUCACGUUCACGAAGUACACUGACUCCGGGCAGUACGUGUGUGAGGCAAACAACGGCGUGGAAGUAGUGCAGGGCAGCGGCCACCUCACCGUGUUAUCGAAACCGUACAUUACGAAGAUUACCGGAAAUGGUCACGUGACCGCCAACAAAGGUGACACGAUUCGCCUUUGGUGUACCAGUACAACUCAGCCCGGUUAUACUGUAUCGUGGAAUCACCCGACUACGUCAUCAAAAGUGUACACGGAUUCGGACGGAUCGCUGGUGAUCAGUAAUAUAGGGCGCGGAGAAGAGGGGCGAUACGUGUGCACGGCCACUAACUCUCUAGGAGUCGACAAGGCUGCUGUUAACGUCACUGUAGAGGUUCCGCCCUCCGCCACGAUACAGCCCAACCUGCUGCCGAUCCGGGGAACUGUUUUCUUCGACUGUCAGGCCGACGGAGAUUCCCCGCUCUCGAUCACGUGGCAGAAAGAUGGCGUCCAGCUGGACCUGACAAACAAGGCGAAGUACCUCACACUUCCGGCGGCCGGAACCAGCCACAAAUUGUUGAUUAUGGGUGCCUCAGCGGGGGAUGCCGGGAAAUACUCAUGCAUCGUGGGCAACCGUCUGGGGCAGGCGACCGCCGCUGCACUUGCGUACGUUGAUCUGGGUUCAGUGUUUUGUUCUGCCACGUUUGCUGACUGCAUGGCUCAGUUUUGCGGCGCUCACUGUCCAGCCAACUGUAAGACAAACUCUGCACCUGUGUUUGGUGAGAUAGCGUACACUUCAACAUCGUCGAUCUGUCGCGCCGCCAUUCACAGCGGCAUAAUACCCGAGACGGGCACGGCCACAGUGGUAUGGUCCAAGAUAGGGGUGCAGCCUGGCUUCACUGGAGUCACGGAACACGGCAUCACGUCACAGAGUUCCUCCAAGGCGGACGUUGGUUCAGUACCGCUGGCAGUUGACGUCAGAAAUCAUUAAUAUUCUAUACAUGUCUCGUUUCUGAAUAAAUCAUUAUAUUAAUAUUA